AUGUCCCUGGACCCGCCAACCUAUCUCGCGUCGCUGCAAAGCAAUAUCCGUCAACGGCCCAUCCCGUGGGAUGGCGCCGUCCGCGCAGGCACUCUGACGGAGGAGCAGUUGGCAAAGAUCCGGGCUGUCGACAAAGUCAAGCGGGAUGUGCGCAAACAAGUCAUCGAGGCCGACCUGGAUGGAUACAAGACACUCUUUACUGGCAAGAAUGAAAAGAGGAGCGUGCUAGAAUCGGCGUCCAAGCGACCAGACGUGUGCCAGUACCUCCUCGUCUUGCUCAGCGACUUGCUAGACAAUGUUCCCGCUCUGUCGAAAGCCUUCUUCGAAUCUGACGAUUCCAAUCCCUACAAGGACAUCCUGCCGCUCCUUGCGCAUUCGACCAACACCGAAGACCCGAUCCCUCUUCUUACCUCUAUAGUUCUCGUCAAGCUCAUGGCUGGCUCCAGAGAUGAAUCCACAGCUACUGCCGAGAAGGCAUUGCCUAUGCUAUACAGUUAUCUAGCUUCCCUAACCAAGAACUCGGACGCCGGACUGCAGGAUAUUGGCGUCCAAGAGUACUCGCAACUCCUCUACAGCCAUGUCUGCAGGCAGCAAUUCUGGAAGCAACGCAGCGAAACGGUCGGGCCGUUGAUCGACAUUCUACGUGCUGCUGCUGGUGUUUCUGGCGGCGAUGCCUCAGCCAAUCUGUGGAGUGGGACUACCGCCCCCCUAAGGAGCGGUUUCGAAGCUUCGGUUGGUGGCGGAGUCGGUCUACAGCUCCUCUACCAUGUGCUUCUUGUCCUGUGGCAGUUAAGUUUCGAGGCUGCGGAAAUUGGUGAUGAUUUGAACGAUGAAUACGAGAUUGUGCUGCUUUAUACCCAUCUUCUCCGACUCUCGCCAAAGGAAAAGACGACGCGACUCCUCAUCGCAACGCUUUACAACUUGCUGUCGAACAACCAGAACUCCCUCCUCCCUACUGCCGUGCUUGCUCGCCUCCCCCAGUUGCUGCAGAACCUUUCGAGCCGGCAGUUUACGGAUCCAGAUCUUGUUGAGGAUCGAGACAAGCUGCGGGAGCUUGUUGAAGAGUACACCAAGACCAAAACGACAUUUGACGAGUACGUCGCCGAGGUCAACUCGGGCCAUCUGAGAUGGUCGCCCCCGCAUCGCAGCACUGUCUUUUGGGCGGAAAACGCUCGCAAGAUUCUGGACUACGAGAAUGGCGAGAUUGUGCGCAAGUUGGCCGAGAUUAUGCAGAAGCCUUGGGAGAACGACAAGGCGGUAUUGGCGAUUGCGUGCAAUGAUGUUGGCUUCUUGGUUCGCGAAGCACCCGAGAAGCGAAGCCAGCUGGAGAGAUAUGGUAUCAAAUCACGAAUCAUGGAGUUGAUGGGCGAAGCUGAUGAAAAUGUCCGGUGGGAAAGCCUGCGCGCCCUUGGUGGAUGGUUGCAGUACAGCUUUGAUACCAAGUGA